UAAAAAUUUUAAAAAAUGUUAAAAUAUUUAUAUAGUUUUAAAUAUUUUGUUUUAAUUUCAAUAAUAUUUUGUUAUUUAUUUAAAUUAAGUGAUGCAAAAGUGUAUACACGAUGUGGUUUUAAAGAUGAAUUAGUUUUUAAUAAAUUUGAUAAAACCUUUAUACCACAAUGGGCCUGUAUGGUUGACAGUGAAAGUGGUAGAGAUACAACGAAAGUUGGUGUUGGACCCAGUGGUAGCCAGAAAUUCGGAAUAUUUCAGAUAAAUAGCAAAGACUAUUGUCAAAAAGGCAAAGCUGGUGGUCAUUGUAAUAUUAAAUGCGAAGAUUUAUUAAAUGAUGACAUCACAGAUGAUUCUAAAUGUGCGAAAUUAGUACAACAACGUGAAGGAUUCCUUGCUUGGGAUGGUUGGAGAUUGAGUUGUAAAAAUCGCAACCUUGAUGGUUAUCUAUCAUUUUGUCCUGAAACACCACCAAUGCGCAGAAAAUUUGAUAAAAGAGGAUAAAAGGAAGAAUGAAAGUGAAUACUGUACAAAACGUUGAUUUUUUAAAUAAAAAAAUAUUAAAAAUAAA